AUGCUACAUCAGGUUCAGAGGAAUGGACCCACAACAGAGGACAUCAUAGAUGGAAUACAUCAGGACAGCAAGGUGAGGACACAGGAGUUCAGGAUACAGCUGGUGUCGGACAUCUACAUCCUGAACCUGGCCAUGGCUGACCUGCUCUUCCUGGUGGGGGUGCCCUUCUGUGAUGAAGGACUCUGUGACACCUUCAUCAUCCACCAGCUUGUCCAGGAGCGUGGCUGGAUCUUCGGGGACUUCCUAUGCCGUGCUGUCACCACCAUCAACCUCAACAACCAGUUCACCAGCGUGGCCAUCAUUGCCAUGCUCUGCAUGGACAGGUAUGUGGCCGUGGUGUACUCGUCCACAGUGGGCCAGAAGCGGACGCUGCGCUGUGCGGCGCUGAUCAACGCCAGCGUGUGGGCCAGCAGCCCGGUGAUGGCCACGCCAGCCAUGCUGUACGCCCAGGGGCAGCGGGAGAACCAGAAGGAGCUGUGCCUCAUGGACUUGCCAGGCCCCAGCCACCUGUACUGGUACAUGCUCUACCAGUCACAGGCAACCUUCCUCCUGCCGCUGCUGGUGAUCAGGUCCCUCACCCUGCACCACCUGUUCCAGGCCAUGUGCCGUGCACGGCGGUGCUGCUCAGCCCGCAGCCGGCGAGUCACCCGCAUGGCGCUUACCAUCAUCGCUGCCUUCCUCAUCUGCUGGACACCCUUCCACGUGGUGCAGCUGGUCAACCUGACGGCUGCCCCCUCCGCUGCCUCCUUCUACCUGAACCAGCUCACCAUCUGCCUCAGCUACGCCCACAGCUGUGUCAGCCCUGUCUUCGUCCUCUUCUGCACUGAGUUCUUCUGUGAGCGGGUGGCCCACUCCAGGUACUGCAGGUUCAUUGCCAGGUGGAGGGUGCUGCAAGUGGACACUGCCCUGCUCAGCCAGGAGCUAACCUCCACCGUCUACAGCCCACAGAUGGGCAGCACUGUGGCCCAGUGCUGCCGGCACCCCUUCGGCACCGAGCAGCUGCCAUGCUCCGUGACCGAGGCCAGUGUCACCGUCAAUGGGCAGGAGGAGCACCGCGCCUUCUAG